CCUCCGAAGUAUAAAGUGUGGCAACUCUUUCUUGAAUGGUGCACUCAUUUGGCGUUCAUUCAUUUAAUAACGGCUUGACUUUGCAUUCGACCAUAUAAAUUUGUAUUAGUUUGAAGUAAAGUUCUGAAAGAUGGAUAAAUUAACGAGUGCUGGUCGCUCCAGAGGGCGAGGACGUGCUACUAAUCCUCAGCAACCUCGAAUUGAUAACCGGAACAGACGAGGUGAGCAAGAAAGUGAAUCAAGUGGUGCUCCAGGACCUACAAGAGGGUUUCCUCAAGCUCCAUCUACAUCUGCAUGGAGUCAGCCAAAUUCAGGAGUGGCUCGUGGUUCAGUCUUGCAACAGCAACCCAGUUGCAGUACUGCACCUAUUCAGCAACGUGUACCUGCACCAGUUAUGCAAGGAAGAGCCACUACACAUCGAGAAAUUGCAAUAGGCGAUGCACCCGUUGUUAGAGAAGAUUCUCGGGGAGCAGUGCGUGGAAAGCGUAUAUUAACCGAAGUUGUAACUUCUCGACCUCCCACAUGUGUCACCAAAACAGGUAAAACUGGCAAAAAGGUUGCUAUUCAGACAAACUACUAUCGUGUUUUGAAGAAACCUCAGUGGUCUAUUCAUCAAUAUCGCGUUGACUUUGCGCCAGACGUGGAUAUGGUGCGCGUAAGACGUGCUUAUUUAGCGCAGCACAAAGAAACAUUUGGAGGAUAUAUUUUCGAUGGAACUAUCUUAUUUUGUACAAAAUAUCUGGAGAAACUACAAAUGGAACUUUUAACGAAGAAUCGAGAAGGUGAAACCAUUCAAAUAAAAAUCAAAUACGUUGGACAGUUGGAAGUAACGGAUGCUCAACAGCUUCAAGUAUUAAAUCUCAUCUUACGUCGCGCUAUGGAGGGCCUACACUUACAACUCGUUGGCCGUAGUUUCUUCGAUCCAAAAGCGAAGCAUUGUCUUAAUGCCUAUUGUCUUGAAUUAUGGCCGGGAUAUCAGACCUCCAUACGCCAACACGAACAAGAUAUCUUGUUAUGUGCUGAAAUAGCGCACAAGGUAAUGCGUACUGAUUCCGUUUAUAAGACUUUACAAGAAUGCCAAAAUAAAACGGAUCCACUUAACGCAUUUAAACGAGAAGUUGUCGGUACUAUUGUCCUUACAGAUUACAAUAAUAAAACAUAUCGUAUAGAUGACGUUGACUUUAAUUCUUCUCCAACGUCAAAAUUCAAAACCAAAGAAGGCGAAAUUUCUUAUAUGGACUAUUACAAGAAGCGCUAUCAUUUGUGCAUAAAAGAUGCAAAACAACCUCUCUUGGUAUCUCGACCUACAGAACGUAAUAUCAGGGGUGGUCAAAAUGAAUUUAUAAUGUUGAUUCCCGAGUUGGCACGUUCGACUGGACUUACUAACGCAAUGAGAAGUAAUUUUAGUUUAAUGAGAGCAAUGAGUGAAUUUACACGUUUGGCACCUGAUAGACGAAUUGAACGUUUGCGGGUAUUUAAUAAUCGUUUGAAUCAAACGAAUGAGAGUGUUGCAGUUUUAAACUCUUGGAGUAUGCGAUUAGAUACAAAUCUCGUCGAAGUUCCAGGCCGUAUUAUACCGCCUUGCCGAAUAGUCUUUGGAGGCAAUGAGCGUUAUGAUUGUAAUGAAUACGCUGAUUGGACAAGAGAAUUUCGGAAUAAAUCAAUGUACAAAAAUGUAGAUAUAAGAAGAUGGUGCGUGAUUGCACUUAAAAGGAAUUUGACUGAAAUUCAGAAUUUCGUUCAAAUGUGCAUACGUGCAGCUAAUGGUAUGCGGAUGCGAAUUGCCGUACCAAUGUACCAACAAAUCAUGGACGAUCGUAAUGGCACUUAUUCACAGGCUAUCAACUCAUCUGUAUCAGAAGAUCCUCAAAUAUUAAUGGUAGUUUUGCCGGCUGUGAAUGAAGAAAAAUACAGCUGCAUUAAGAAAAAAUGUUGUGUUGAUCGUCCAGUUCCUUCGCAGGUUGUAACAAUUCGAACCAUUGCUCCUCGAGGGGACAAAGCUUCUGGAUUGAUGUCUGUCGCAACCAAAGUGGUAAUUCAAAUGAAUGCCAAACUCAUGGGUGCUCCUUGGAUGACAGAAAUUCCUAUAAGUGGUCUAAUGACAGUUGGUUUCGAUGUUUGUCACUCAGGCAAAGAAAAAAAUAAAUCGUAUGGAGCUUUGGUUGCAACGAUGGAUUUAAAGUCGAAACCUCAUUAUUUCUCCGCAGUUUCACAACAUCUGAAAGGUCAAGAACUUUCGAAUGAAAUUGCUUUGAAUAUGACAUUUGCUCUAAAAGCGUAUCGAAACGAACAUGGCACGUUACCAAAAAGAAUCCUAUUCUAUCGGGACGGAGUAGGCGAUGGACAAUUGCACCAAGUAUUUAAUACUGAAGUAAAGUUUUUAAAAGAUAAAUUAGAUGAGAUUUACAAAAAUGCUGGAGAAGCCACACCUUGCCCCAUGGCUUUUAUAGUCGUGUCAAAACGAAUUAAUACACGAUAUUUCAUUAAUGGCAGGAAUCCACCACCAGGAAGCGUGGUUGACGAUGUGAUUACUCUACCUGAGCGAUAUGAUUUCUUUUUAGUAUCACAGUCAGUGCGUCAAGGUACGGUAUCACCUACAAGUUACAAUGUAAUCUAUGACACUAUGGGUCUCGAUGCCGACAAAAUACAAAUGUUAACUUAUAAAAUGACUCACCUUUAUUACAAUUGGAGUGGAACUUGUCGCGUACCUGCAGUAUGCCAAUAUGCACACAAAUUGGCAUUCUUAGUCGCCGAGAGUCUUAAUCGUUUACCAAGUAACGCAUUGGAAAAGCAACUAUAUUUUUUGUAAUGAGUUAAUAUUAUAUUCUAAUGAUUGAAUAAGCUUUAAUUGACAAAAUUUUUGUAUACCUACAUACAUAAGUUAAACUUAAAAAAAUAUUCUUUAUUUGCAUUCCAUAUGUAAACAUACAUACAUAUAUCUAUAUAUACAUACAUUUUUUAUUAUUACUUUUUUGAAUUGCAUUAAUUUUUAUUUUCUUUGUAUAUGGACAUUAAUUUCUUUUAUAUUUACGGAACUGGAAGUUCUUAUUUUGAUAUUAAUAAAAAUGAAUUUUUGACUUUGAA